UUAUUGCUUUCUUCUAUGGUAAAGCCUGGAGACACUUGUACUCAUUCAUUUAUCAAUUUUAAUCCAAAUAAGUCUAGUUAUCUUUGCGAUAAUCAUUUUUCCUGGAACUGUUUUCUGAUUAAAGUCAGUGUAAUGAAGAUUGGAGCAAACGUUAAUGUAUUGUGAGUCUAGUGUUGAGUGGUUGUGAAAAGUGAUACAAUAAUUAUUCAUUUCAGCCUCAAUUUUUCUGACUAGAAGACGAAUAACAUGUCGAAUCCAGUUCUUUUGUCAGAUGAUUCAUCACACUCCUAUGAUGGAGCAAAAUUGCCGUCUCUUCAGCCUAAAGUACAACAUUCAAAUACUAAACCAAUUAAGACUGGAGAUGAUUGGAUGCCAAUGCCACAAGCAUAUAAAUGCACACCAGGAUUGGAAUAUUUAACUAGAAUUGAUACAUUUUUGGUCAGCAAGAAACAUGAUCGUGAUGAGUCUAAAUACACUUAUCUAAUCAAAAACAAUUUGGAUCAGAAAGUUUAUACUGCAGUUGAAGAAUACGAUCAAAGCUGUAUGUGUUGCUGUAACACUGCCAGGCCAUUCGAUAUCAAAGUUUUCGAUUUCCAGCAACGUGAAGUUCUUAAUUUCCAUCGCUUGGAAGUUACAGCUUCUGGUAAUUUAUGUGGUUCUAUCAAGCAAUCAGUGAGUCCUAAUUCAAAAGAAUUCAGAAUCUGUGAUGCUACUGGGCAAACAGUUUUACUGAUUAAAGGGCCAUCAAAACCUUAUGUUUUAAAUCAAUUCAAAGUAUUAUCAGCUGAUGGUAAAACUGAAGUUGGUAAUGUUCAGUCAUUAUUGCCUAAUCUGGUACAAGGACGAUUGGCCGAUGCUGAUCACUUUAGUAUUUCAUUUUCAUUGGAUUUAGAUGUCAAUAUUAAAGCUGUAUUAUUGGCCGCUCUGAUCUUGGUUGAUGGCUUGUACAAUCGAAGCGAAUACAGUGGAUCAACAUAUGAUUCUAGAAGGGCAUUUAAGUCAGGAUAUGAGAUUGGACAUUGCUUAGCCAUGUGUUUCAUCUAGUUAUUAAUUGAUCUGCCUGAAGAAAAUAAUCUUUAACUAUUCAAUAUCAAUAUUGAUGUUUGACAUAUGAAAAUCUUAAGAUUGGCCAAAUGAUAAUAAAUGCUCAUAAGUUACACGAGCGUUAAGUGAACACGAACUACUAUCAAAUUGGACUAAUAAUUGAAUACAAUUAAACAAUUUGUGUUUUGUGAAAUUUUUGUGUAUCACCUUUGUAUUUAAUUUUAAAUCAUCAAUUGAUUGCUUAUUGUUAUUGAUAAGCAUAAAUCUUGGCCGACAAUCAACUUCAACAUAAUUCAAGCUAUUUUAAUCCAAGAAAAUUGACUGGAUUGGUGCUUUUGAGCCAGUGAUAUUGAAAUAGGUUGAAAUACACAGAUCAGACAUGGACAGAUUGCUUUCAAUCUCAUUAAUUUUAGUGUAUCUUCAAACAAUGGAUGCAUCGAUUGGCCUGAUUGAGUAAAAGCACGCAACAAAGCUUGUGUCAUUUAUGUGUAGACACACGGAUAACAGGCGCAAGAAGGACACAUUCAAUCUGCAAUCAAUCUCUUUGUAACCGAAAAAAUCAGGAUCAGCUUUUUUGUACCACAUUUUCCAUCAGCCAAAUCCACCAAAUUGAUUAACACUUUUCGGAUAUGAUGGUGUUGAAUAGUGAAUGUGUUAAAGGUGUUUGGAUUGCAAAUAAUAAUUUUAUUAAAAUCCAAAUAUUGCAAUCAAUCUUUUAAAGGCGAAUCAUCAUGGAAAAUCUCAAUCUUAAUGUCUAAUACUAUUUAAAUGGCUAGUAAUUGAAUGUAGAAAUGGUGCAACCAAUGGAACCGUUUAUCGGUCAAAUUUUGGACUUGGUCUCUUCCAAUAGAGCAAAUCGACUUGAUGGCAAAACUUGAAGAUACCACCAAAAACAAAGCAUUUUAUCGCAGUUAUUUGGUAUCAAGAACUGAAGAGUUUGUUGAUUUACAUGGGAAAAAUUGAAAUGUAAUCAAAAAUGACAGAUGAAAGAUGAAAUCAAUCAUAGACCAUGAAAAAGAGACUGAAUAUAUUCUUCACGCAAGCAAACUCCAACAGCUUUCCAACACUAAUGGUGCAGACUCGUUAAUAACUUUAUCUUGAAACUUAUUAGUAAUAUUUUAUUGUUUCAUACAUAUGUAAAUGUGGUGAUUAAUAAGAAAAGUGUUUCUGAAAAUAUUCAAUCGAUUUAUAAAGCUUAGCCUGAAAUGCUGAUGAAAUGAUUGACUAUCCAAAGGGCACCUUCCAAAAUGAAUAAGAUCAUAUUAAUAAUUACUUAAAAUAAGAAUACGAUGAAUGCUGAUAAAAUUGACGCUAAAAGUGGAUUAAUUGAAUGAUGCAUGUCAAUAGUAACUAUCAAUAAAUGUGAUAAUUGAAUAA